GAGAAGCGGAGUGGAUAUCGGUAACUGAUAUUGUUGCGCAGAGCCUGCUGGAAGCCCGGCGGCUGAUCUCUUUUUGGUGUCUGUAGACGUAAUGUCAAGUAAGCCAAAGUUUUUAGCUCGGAAUUCCCCUCCUCUGUAAUGUCGGAACCAAUUCUGACUGAUCCCAGGUGCUUCUGAAGGUCUGCAUCCUGCGCUUUUCCCGCUUGAUUUGCCCGAAGAGGAGCCUUAGAGGCCUGAGGUUGGAACACUUCCGGUUUGCCGUUUAUCAGCUGUUACUAUUUGUCCUGCUGCAAUGGGUGAACCUCAGCAAGUGAGUGCCCUCCCUCCACCUCCAAUGCAAUAUAUUAAAGAAUAUACCGAUGAAAACAUUCGUAAAGGUUUAGCUCCUAAGCCUCCACCACCUAUUAAAGAUAGCUAUAUGAUGUUUGGAAAUCAGUUCCAAUGUGAUGAUCUAAUUAUUCGACCAUUAGAAAGUCAGGGUAUUGAACGAUUGCAUCCCAUGCAGUUUGACCAUAAAAAGGAGCUAAGGAAACUUAAUAUGUCAAUCCUGAUCAACUUCUUAGAUCUCUUGGAUAUAUUAAUAAGAAGCCCAGGCAGCAUAAAAAGAGAAGAGAAACUGGAAGAUUUAAAACUACUAUUUGUUCAUGUGCAUCAUCUUAUAAAUGAAUAUCGACCUCACCAAGCCAGAGAGACAUUGAGAGUCAUGAUGGAAGUACAGAAACGUCAGCGUCUAGAAACUGCAGAAAGAUUUCAGAAACAUUUAGAACGAGUUGUGGAAAUGAUUCAGAAUUGCUUGGCUUCUCUGCCAGAAGAUUUACCUCAUUCAGAUGGAGGGAUGAGAAUAAAAACUGAACCAAUGGACACUGAAGACACCAUAAACUGUAUUGGAUCGAAUGAACAGCAAAGAACAACCUCUAGCGUAAAAAAAGAUCAGGUUUUGGAUAAAGAUGCUAAUAUGUGUAGCAUUAUUGAUGAAAUGACAUGAAAACAGCUUUGGGAUUUGUGAUUUUCAGGGAAUGCAACUGAUGCUUAGGGAAUUAGAAUAUGAAGUUUCUUUUCCUUUUGCUAUUUAAGAUUUAAAAGAAGAUUUAAACAGUCAUGGAACACAAUCUGUACGAGUCAGUAAAUACUAAAAAAAUUACUUGUUUAGUUUUUGCAUGUGUAUCUAUGCUUGACUUUAAAGAACAUCAAUGUUACCGAUAGCUUUACCUGUAUGUUAACUAUGCAAUUCAUCAAUUCAUCAGUAUCUAAAUUCUGCUGAUGGUCAUUUAUUGAAGUAUGGGAGCUACUUUAAGGAAUUUAAAUACAUGUGAUUCUUUGUUUGGGUUAAAUUAAAAGACAUAUGUUGUACCACAGCAACACUGUUAUGUAUACAGAGUGGAAGUGAAACAUUAAAUAUUUUUUCUUGUUAUGAAUGUUUGUGAAUUAAAGCAACUGCUUCUACAGAUAGGGAAGCUUGGCGACUAACAUUUAUUAAAAAGAAAGAAAUUCUAAACAAUUCUCUGAGAUAACUUUAUCUUUAAAAUAUUUAACACAAGAUUUGAGCCAAAUUAGCCUUGUAUUUUGCAGGAUAAGCCUUAUUACUUCCCUCCAAUUAAAAUGUAACUCAAUUUUAUUGGAUUGUAAAACAGUUGUUCCUCAGAGCUUGACUGCUUCUUAAUGCUGACUUAAGUAUAAUUGAACUACUGUGUUGAAAUCUGUCUUUGUGUGUUUACUAAAGAACUGGAAGUAU